AUGGCAUCAAAUCUUCCCUUUGAGCUUAGAGAAAAGAUCUUUAAUGGUUGGUCAUGGUGGUGGUGGUGGAAAGGAAUCAGUGAGGGAUACAAUUUCAUCGGAGCUACUACUCUCACUCUUGCAGUACUCCUAACAUUGGGUUACAUAUGGCUUACCAAGAAAUCAAACGAGCAGCAGUUACCAUUGCCACCGGGGCCGAGAGGACUUCCGAUCAUCGGAAACCUCCCAUUUCUUGAUGCCAACCUUCACUCCUGCUUUGCCGAAUUGGCUCAAAUCUAUGGUCCAAUCUUGAAAGUUCGACUUGGAGGAAGAAUUUGUAUCGUCAUAAGCUCACCAUCAGUAGCAAAAGAGAUUUUCAAAGAUCUUGACACCAUCUUUGCCAACCAUGAUAGAUCAAUCGUGGGAGUUGCAGCUACUUACGGUGGUGUUGACAUAGCUUUUGCCCCCUAUGGUGAUCAUUGGCGAUUGCUACGCAAAGUAUGUGUUAGAGAUAUGAUAAAUCAUACAAAGCUUGACAAUCUCUAUGAACUUCGACGAAGAGAAGUUCGCGAAAUGGUACAUGAAACCUAUAUCAACAUUGGCACUUCAUUGGAUAUUGGUGAGUUAAUGCUUCAGACCACUUUUAGUGUUGUAACAAGUAUGUUAUGGGGUGAUACAAUUAAAGGAGAGAAUAGGAAGCGUGUUGUGGCUGAGUCUAGACAAGUUAUGGCAAAAGUUUCUGAGCUUUUCGCUGAAACAAAUUUCGCGGAUUUCUUUCCGGCAAUUGCUCGGUUUGAUUUACAACAGAUUGAACGUCGGAUGAAGAAGGUGUUGUCAUGGUUUGAUAGGAUAUUUGAUUCUAUCAUCGAUCUUAGGCUGGAGAUGGAGAAAUUGGAAGGAGAAGGAGGUCUAUAUGAAGAGAGCAAGGAUUUUUUGCAGGUCUUACUCAAGCUUAAGGACCCAGCAGACCCAAACAAGCCUUUCAACAGAACUUACCUCAAGGCUAUGCUUUUGGACAUGAUAUUGGCUGGUACUAAGACAAUAUCAACUACAAUGGAGUGGGCAAUGGCAGAGUUGAUAAAACAUCCAAAAAUAAUGAAGAAAGCCCAAGAAGAAUUGAAGGAAGUUGUGGGGAUGAACAAAAUCAUAGAAGAGUCACAUUUGCCUGAUUUACCUUAUUUACGUGCAGUGGUUAAGGAAACCCUACGUUUACAUACAUCAAUCCCUCUUUUGAUCCCAAGAUGUCCAAGCCAAUCAUGUAUUGUUAAUGGUUAUAUGGUUCCUAAGGGUUCAAUGAUCUUUGUGAAUGCAUGGGCCAUACAUAGGGAUCCUAAGUAUUGGAAAAACCCUUUGGAGUUUCAACCUGAGAGGUUCUUGGAAACUACUGAUGAAUUUGAAUAUAGUGGAAAUGAUUUUCGCUAUAUUCCUUUAGGGUCAGGAAGAAGGGUAUGUGUUGGUGUCCCUUUGGCAGAGAAGAUGUUACCACAUAUAUUGGGAUCAUUGUUGCAUUCAUUUGAUUGGAAAUUGCCUGAUGGGAUAAAGCUUGAUCUGUCAGAGAAGUUUGGUUUAGAACUAAGGUUAACAAAACCUCUCAUGGCUGUCCCACUUCAAAGGUUAUCUGACCCAAAGCUGUAUGAUUAGAAUCAUUUUUAAUCGAUUUGAAAAAUGUAUUUUGCU